AUGAGUGAAAACAAACCUCCAUUCUCAUUCACCAUCAUCAUUUUUAUGGCCAUAGAAAGUUCAGUUCAUAAAAAAUUGCCCGUUAAAAAAAUUUAUGACUGGGUCCUCGAUAACUUUCCAUACUUUCGAAUGGUCAGAUCGGGAUGGAAGAAUUCAAUUAGGCAUAAUUUGUCACUCAAUAAGUGCUUCAAGAAGAUUGGUAUUGAGGUCGGUAAGAAGUCUCAGUGGUGUGUUGACGAGAGGUGCCAUUCAGAACUCGUCAGAGCUGUCAGCUGCUUGUCAUUCCAUCCACACAUCAACAGCAGCAGUUACAUCAACAGCUGGGGAAAGGUACAACUAAAGACCAAUUUCUGUGACGUCAUUAAUGAUAAUCAUCGUCAGUCGAAGCGUGAAUGCCAUAAGGAAGGCGUAGAUGACGAUUGUGUUGAUGUUUGCAAUGGCACUGACGUUCAAGAUGGAAAAAUGCGUCAGAUCUCUAAUAAAGGUUUUUUUUUAUUAAAUCUCCAUCACACUUCCAUCAUCACAUCAUCAUCAUCAUCUUAUUACAUCAUCAUCAUCGUCACAUCAUCAUCAUCACACAGUUGA